CUUUCGGGUCACGUGACGCAACAUCCGUGUCCCCUCGACACACUUGCAGUUCUUAUUUGUUCCCUUCUCCUAACCAAGCGUGCUCCUUCAAAACACUCUCAUCCGUUCCUAACAAAGGACCACAGUAUUGCAGGAGCAAGAGAAAUGUUCCCUGACUCAAAGAUUGCAUCGUGUCCCGCAGACGAUACUGAAUAUCUACACCCUGAAAAACACGACCGCCUCCAUGUGAAACAGGGGUCUGAGUUGGAGAUGCCGUUUAUCAAACAAGAAGCGGAGCCAGUUACCCCCGACAUUAAAGAAGAAGAACAGGAAGAAGAAAUCUUUCCAGUGACCGUCUAUGUGAAGAGCGAAGAAGAUGAAGGACCAAGCGAAGACAGCGGAGCAGUGCAACAAUCAAGCGAGGGCUCAUUUCAGCACCUCACAACAAAAGAAGAGGGAAAAUCGCAACAGGACGACCUCUUGGCUCCGCUCUCGGACAGCGACGACUUUACAUCGCACUCUUCUGACUAUAACUCUGAUGAGGAGGAUGUUGACUUUGGCCAAAAUGCUUGGAAAUCCUUCAACAAAUCAUCAUUGAAAAGAGACACAAAAGAAUGUGAGGGUGGGAAAACUUUUCCCUGCUCACAUUGCGAAAAAAGAUUUUCUCGGAAGACUCAUUUAGAAGUGCAUAAGCGUACACAUACUGCAGAAAAACCUUUUGUCUGCACACGUUGUGGUAAAAGAUUCGCAGUGAAGAAAAGUUUAAAAAGACACGCAAGAACACAUACUGGAGAGAGGCCUUUUGCCUGCUCCGUAUGUGAGAAAACAUUUUAUUUACAGUCAGAGUUGACAAGACACAUGCGUAUACACACCGGAGAAAAGCCUUAUGCCUGCACACUAUGUGACAAAAGAUGUUCUCGGAAGUCUGAUUUAAAAACGCAUAUGCGGACACACACUGGAGAAAAGCCUUUUGCCUGCACGUGUUGUGGUAAAAGAUUCUACGAAAAGACAAGUUUAAACAGACAUGCAAUAACACACAGUGGUGAGAAGCCUUUCGCCUGCAGGCUUUGCGACAAAGGAUUUUAUUGGAAGACUCAUUUAGAAGUGCAUGAGCGUACACACACUGCAGAAAAACCUUUUGUCUGCGCACAUUGUGGUAAAAGAUUCGCCGAGAAGAACAUUUUAAACAGACACACAAGAACACAUACUGGAGAGAAGCCUUUUGCCUGCUCCGUAUGUUUGAGAACAUUUUAUUUACAGUCAGAGUUGACAAGACACAUGCGUAUACACACCGGGGAAAAGCCUUUUGCCUGCACACUGUGUGACAAAAGGUGCUCUCAGAAGUCUGAUUUAAAAAGCCAUAUGCGGACACACACUGGAGAAAAGCCUUUUGCCUGCACGUGUUGUGGUAAAAGAUUCUACAAGAAGACAAAUUUAAACAAACAUGCAAUAACACACAGUGGUGAGAAGCCUUUCGCCUGCACGCUUUGCGACAAAGGAUUUUAUCGGAAGACUCAUUUAGAAGGGCAUAAGCGUACACACACUGGAGAAAAGCCUUUUGUCUGCACAUGUUGUGGUAAAAGAUUUGCCCAGAAGAAAAAUUUAAAUGUACACACAAAAACCCACAAUGGAGAAAAGCCAUUUUCCUGCUCAGUUUGUGGUAAAAGAUUCAAAGACAAGGGAAAUUUAAACAAACAUGCAACAACACACAGUAAUGAGCCUUUCGCCUGCACACUUUGUGAGAAAAGAUUUCGUACGAAGCAUCAGGUGACAAGACACACGCUUACACACACUGGAGAAAAGCCAUUUUCCUGCUCCGUUUGUCAAAAAAGAUUCAGUCAGAAGGGAACUUUAAAUAGACACGUAAGGACACACACUGGAGAGAAAGCUUUGAAUUGCAGUGUUUGACAAGAUAUUCAAAUUCCUGCCACACAUGUACAGUGGAAAUAGCUUUUCAAUUUUCUUUUUCAGUUUCCCUUUGGCCUCUUUUGGAAAAGUUGUUGAAAUUAUUUUGCAGGUCUUGGUCUUUUUCACAACUAUCCAAUAUAUUUUUAAUCAAAUGAUUUGGGUUUAGUUUAGGUGUAGUUUACUUCAUAUCAAACUUGAUCUUCUGCUUUAUAUUAUGACUUUUCUGCAACUUUGACUGACUCAGAUUAAGCUUUUGUCUCCUAUAUUUGUUUCUUUUGUUAACUGUUGUAAGUGACCUUGAGCGUCUUGAAAGGUGCUUUGAAAUAAAACUUAUUA